AUGUACACAUUUUAUCGUCAAUAUAAUUCUCUGUUAAAUAUUACUUCUUCAAAUUACCAAGCAAAGAAGUGGUUUCAAAGUAUUAUUGAAGAAUACAAAUUAAAAGAAAUACCUUAUAAUAAUUUGGAGAGGAAGAAAAGAAUAGGACGUGGAGGUUCCGGAACAGUAUAUUUAGCAAAAUCCAGCUUAUUAGAUGAAAAAGAAAAAAUACCAUAUCUUGUAAUGGAAUAUGCAAACAAUCGUACUUUACGAGAAUAUUUACGAAAUAAUAAAUUAGAAUGGUUAGAAAAAAUUCAACUGGCAAGACAAAUAGCUGAAGGAAUGUCCUAUCUUCAUGAUAUAGAUAUUACACAUCGUUAUGAUGCAUCUCUUCCAUUGAAAAUUAUUCAAGGCUUACGUGAAAAACCAAUUCUUGGAACACCUGUACAAUACAUAGAUCUCUAUUCAAAAUGUUGGUAUCAUGAACCAAAUAAGCGUCCUUCAAUGUUAGAAAUCUUUCAACAAUUAAAUUUUUUGGAAUUAGAUCUCAAAUAUGAAGGCACUAAUUAG